UGUCCCCCGCUGAGUCAGAUGGACGGCUCCCAACUUAGAAUGACACAAACAGGCAGACCAGCUCUUCAGAAAUCAGAGUGGCGGAAAACAUCAAGAGGACUCUAAAAUACAAAGAAAAGAAAUAACAUCGGGGAACUGAAACGAAUAGAGACAGAGGAUAUUACCAAGAUGGAGCAGUGUGAGAGUCUGGACUCGGAAAUGACAGAUCUACAGGAGUGUCAGAGUGAAAUGUCAGAGGCCAUCAGCCAGGACGAUGAAGACGAGGUUGAGGAACUGCAAAACAGUCUGCGAGAGGCUGUGCAGGACCAGUCUGUGAAGCCCAAACUCCAGUGCCUGAUGGUGGAUCCAUCGUUCUCCAUGGUAACUGUUCAAAGUGAGGACAGUGGUAUUGUUUGGGAGACGGCCUCUAGCCGCUGCUCUACCCCCUGGGCCUCUGAGACAAGCUCCAUCUCUGAAGGCUACAUGCAUGGAGGCAUGGAGGGCUCUGGGGCCGCAGGAAAGAUCACCAUCGUCUUUGAUGAGGAGAAAAUAAUCCGUAGGAGGACGAGGUCUGGAGGAAGGAGCAGCAGGCUGGGAGACAGGCUGAGCCGACCUGGUAGUUCAAGAUCUGCUUCGGCUCUGGGAGUGGAGAGACUUGAGAUGUCAGAGGUUUCUCUUCCCAAUGUCAAACAGGAGAAAACCGAAAUAGAGCCGGACUUGGAGGAAAUUAAAAACAAAGAUCAGCAGCUGUUUAGUUUGAUUUCAGAUGGUUAUGAGAUUCUCAACAUCAGAGUCCCCUCAAAACUUCCCACUGUGGAUGAGGAGGAGAGCACAGAGCUGCAGGAUAAUUUGUCUUAUUUGGAUCAGACCCCAAAGAUCCGUUCCCGAAACCACCAUGACUGGAAACACCAACAGAAUCACGCCCCGCCAGAAGAGGAGGAAAUACUAGAUCACCAAGAGUCCUCAGAACAAGAGCCAUCAGCUGACACAGAACUCAGACACACACCCACUCCAAAAGAGAGCACCAGCGACAUAGACUACUUCGAAAAGUUUACCCUGGUUGAUGUGGUGGUUCCAGGGGAACAAGUUUCAGAGCUGCAGGAGGUGAAGGGAGAAGCUGUUCUCCUAGCAGCAAAGCCACAAGUAGAGGAACAAAAGCCUGCUAAGGAGACAGCCACAGACAGUCCAUCUGCAUCAGAGGACUCCUUUGUUUUUGUUACGGAUGUGGAGAUAGCUGGGGAACACCUGGAUGAGGUAUUCUACGGAGAAGGAGCUCCUGCUGAUGAACACCAGCGGAGAGAAGAUGAUGAGGGGGACAGUGGGACAGGAAUGAGAAGGAGAAGAGAGAGCCAGAGAUCUACAAAGGAGAGUGGUUCAGUGUUGUUUGGGAGUGAAGAGACCACCCUCACACCUAUCUUUAUCUCCCCUGGGCCCCCUAAGAUCAUUGACCCCAUUCUGCUGGAAGAGCCCACUGCCAUGUCCUUCAUGUACACAGACCUUUAUGAGGAUGCUGUAGGUGAGAGAAGAAGGAGUGAUGAGGAAUACUCUGAGGCAGAAAGCGUGACAUCUGAGAAGUCAUAUAAGAGACGCUUGUCAGAUUCAGAGGAGCCAGACGGAUACCUGGAGAAGUUUACUUUGAAGGAUGAAAUUCCCAGCGUGGAGGUUCAACAAGAGCCAGUUAAGAACAGGAAGGAGGGGAGGAUGAUGUGGUCGCAGAGUCAGUUUGAAAUGACAGGAUGUCUAACAAGAGUGGCCAAAGGAGAAGAUGAGGACAAGACAACGACAGUGGAAGAAAAGACACAGGAGGUCUGUAAUGGAGACAGCAGUGAAGAUUUAAAAUUAGCAACAUUGACAGAAACAGAAAAGGAGCAUGAGGAAAUACAACUUUACAUUGUGACAGAAGAGCAGACUCUCAGAGAAGCCUCAGAAGAAUCAAUUCACACAUCUCAGCUGACAGAGCAUCAGAAGGAGGAUCAGGAAGUUAAACACGAGGUAAAGAGAGAGUCUCCUGAGAGCAGCACUGCUGAACCACUCCUUAUAUCGCAACAGGUCGACAGUAAAGUAGAGAAAACAGAGGAGAGUGAAGAGCCAGCAGAAACAACAAGCGUUAUUGAAACUGAGCCGCCAUGUCAGUCUCAACAUGGCUGUUCACAAAAAGUGGAAGAUAAAACAGCUCAGGUGGUUGUAAAUGCUACAGAGGAGAUAGUUGAAAAAGCUCCUGUAAACAGUGUGGUGCCUCAAGUCAUCACCAAAUCUGAAAUAGCAACAGAAACACCUGAGAAGAGUUUGUCUGAGGAGGUGGAUGCUGACACCAUGAUGGUGGCUACUGAAGAGAAAGCAAUAACUGAGGCCAUAGAGGAGGUAGAAAAAACAGCUAAGAUGGUUGCAAGUACUACAGAGGAGACAGAUGAAAUAGCACAUGUAAGCAGUGAGGCGCCUCACACCGUCACCAAAUCUGAAAUAGCAACAGAAACACCUGAGAAGAGUUCAUCUGAGGAGGUGGAUACCGACACUAAGAUGGUUGAUGAGGAUGUAGUAACUGAGGCCAUAGAAGAAGCCCCAGCUGAAGUCAAAGAACCUGAGAUUGAAGGACAGGAAACGAUCACCUCUACUGAAAUCGAGACAUCAGCCGAAACAACACUGCGUGAGAAAGAAGAGGUUGUUCCUGAAGAUGUUGCACCUGUUGAGGUUAUCACUGACUGUGAUGCUGCAGUACACGCAGUAGUGGAGGUGACUGAAAAAGCAGUGGAUGAAAAAGAGAUCCAAACUCAAGUUCAGAUUGAUCUUCAGGAGGUUACAAGUGUUGAGACAACAGAUGUUGAAACAGCAGCUCCUGGAGGAGGAGAAGAAUUUGAAGUUUUAACAGAGCAAACUUCAGUUGAGAGCCAGGUGCCUGAAACUAAAACUGAUCAGGAGCCAGAAGUUAAAACUGAGAUUUUAAGCGAAGUAACCAAACCUGUGAUGACAGAAGAAGUAAAGACAGAUUCAGAUAUAAAACAGCAUACAAUUCUUGGGUCCAAACAGCACCAACAAGAGGAGUCAGUACCUGAUGAUGAAUCAGACAAAACAAAGCUGAUACCUGAAGCUGAGGAUAAAACAUCCACAGAGGACACUGACGUUCAGAAGAUGGUGAAUGUGGAUGAUGAGAUAAUCCUCCUUGUCCCCAAAGGACAAGCUGUAGAGAUGGACAUAGAGAUCAGUCAGUGGUCAGAGAAGACUAUUAGUGAUACAGUAGCUCUCUCUGUACCUGACAGCACGAGUGAAAGUCUCAUAAAACCUGAAACGAUCGCAAUAUGUCCAGAGACUCUUCAUGCACCAAAUGAAGAAACGAUGACAGAACCUCAAAUGGAAGUAAAGCCAGAAAUUGCUCUGAAGGAAGAAGCACUGCCUAAAAACAAGUUAGACGAUGGGUACUCUCCUCCCAUACCUGUGGAGGAGGCUAACAUAGAGGAGCAGAAAGUGGAGCUGGAUUUUGAAGAAGAAGACCAGGGUGUCUUUUCACCUUUGAGGAGCUUUACUCCCCAAGAGGAUUUGUCUGGGCUACACAGCGAGGAUAUACAGCCAGAAGCAGCAGAUGUAGAACAAAAUGCACAGACACACAAGGUGGAAGAUGCCCCAGAAACAAAUAUUGUAAAAGUGGAUUCAUGUCUAGACACUGACCUGCACAAAGAGGGUGUGGAGCAAAAGAUGGAGCAAGACGAGGCAGUUGCAGAGGCUUCAGAGGUGAUUGUUGAGAAACUUGAAUAUGAGGUGAUAUCUGAACAGGAUGCGAAAGAGAUGCCGCAACCUGAAACACAGAGAGCUGCAGAAGAACCAAAAUCUGAACCGGGCCAGGAGAGAGAAGAGAAGAUGGAAAUAGAUGUGGAGAAAGAGGAGGAGGAGAAAGCCUUUGACCUGUCCCCAGAUGAAGAGCCCAUUGAGGCUGAUUAUGAAAUCAUUGAUGCAGAGGAGGAGAGUCAGGCCCGAUUGGCUGCUGAGCUGGAGGGGAUGGACUGGUUCUGUCUCACCUGUGGAUGUCUGCUGUCAGAGGAUGACUCUGUGUCUGGAGAGCAUCGCAGCCAUGAGGUGACUGAUGUGGACAAAGCCUACGAGCAAAUAAAGGAGAAGCUGAGUGACUGGAUCUCGGAGCUUCAGGGGAGGUCUGAAAACAUUGAGGACCUGGUGUCUGAGCUUGAAUUGGCCUACAACUCUGUAGAGGACCAGUGUGUGGAGACGGAGGCAGCGAUGCAGGCGCAGAAUGAGGAGAUGAUGGCUCUGGUGAUGGAGCAGUACAAUAACAUGUCUGUCAGCAUGGAAGAGGAGAAGAAGGCAAAGCUGGAGCAGCUGUAUGACCAGAUUGUCUCCUUCCAGGAGAACAUCGACUCUGCCAAAGCCACUCUGGAGACCACGACCAGAGAGGCUGAGACUGAUGCACGGUCACCUGAAGACAUCCAUGGGAGGCUCAAGGCAGCUCUAGACACAGCCAUGUCACUAGAGCUGGGUCCUAAGGGACUGCUUGUGUUCGAGGACUAUGCCAAGGCCAACACUUCCAGCUCUCACCACGCACAGCGCAAGGGAAUCCCUGUCCCUCAGAGGCCUACACUGCAGCCUCAGGAGCCAGGAUCAGCCACCAGCAGCAGUGUCACGGUUUAUUGGAAAGUCAACCCUGGAGAUAUCAUAGACUGCUUCCAGGUCUACUGCAUGGAGGAUCCACAUGGAGCUGUGUCAGAAGAAUACCGUGUGACAGUGAAGGAGAGUUAUUGUGCCCUAGAGGAGCUGGAGCCUGACAAGACCUACAAGGUGUGGGUGAUGGCUGUCAACUAUACAGGCUGCUCUCUGCCCAGUGAGAGACUCGCCUUCAGGACCGCUCCAUCGGUGCCAGUGAUUGAUACAGAGCGCUGUACUGUCAUGUGGGAUUCAGCCACGCUGCGGUGGACCUCAGCAAAACAGACUCCUGAAGAGAGUUACACCUUGGAGUACUGCCGCCAGUAUGAACUGGAAGGAGAGGGGCUCAGGUCCAUCUCAGGUAUCAAAAGCUGUGACCAGAAGGUUCUCCUGCAGCCCAAUGAGAAUUAUCUGUUUUACAUCAAAGCUGUGAAUGAGGCUGGAGCCAGCGAACAGAGCGAGGCUGCACUCAUUUCCACCAAAGGGACGAGGUUCCACCUGCUGAAAGCUUCGGCUCACCCUGCUCUGGAGCUGUCAGUGGACCAGACCACCCUGCACUAUUCUCGGGAUGCACUUGAAAACACACCAUCUACAGGCGAACAGUGUCCAUCCAUCCUGGGUGAGUUGUUGCAGACACAUGGAUAUUACUACUGGGAGACCAUAGUGUCAGGCAGCACAGCUUACAGGCUUGGGGUGACAUACAGCACAGCCAACAGAAACAGCCCACUGGGAGAAAACAGCCUGUCAUGGUGUUUGCAGUGUAUCCCUACACCAUCAGGCUGCAGGUAUCAGUUGCUCCACAAUGACGUUCAGUCCAGUGUGUUUGUGAUUGAGAUUCCUGAACGAGUGGGUACCCUCCUGGAUUACCAGCUUGGCCGUCUAUCUUUCUACAAUGCCCAAAGCGGUCAGCUGUUAGGCACCUUCUGGCAGCGUUUCACCCAGCCGUGCCACCCUGCUCUGGCCCUGGAGAUGCCAGGCAGCCUGGAAGUCAGCAUGGUGCUGGAGGUGCCAGAAUUCACCAAAGACAGUUAGUUCUGCUAACUACUUCACACAAUGUUUACAGUUCAUGUUGGACAUAUAUUUGAUUUGAAUGAGAAAAAAACAACUACUGAGAAAACUGCAGAUAUAACUGGACAUAAAAUGCACUAAUAUCCACAGUACAGACAGAAGACAUUCUGUGUUUUUCAUAAAUUAAUAUAGUACUUGAUAACAUUUGUUUCUUUUGGUAUCAGAAAUUAAAUUGUAAAUAUGAAAAACGGAGGCAGUGGAAAUGAAUGAUGACUGUGUGAAAUACAACUGGCUUGAAAUGUAGUGCCUCAAAUGUUUUUUCACAGGUGAGUGUCUUGUAUUUUGUUUUGUCGAGGGAGAAGUGAAAAUCAUUUUGUGAAUUUGACCAUGACAUACGUUUUUGUGACAGUUUUGUACUGUUCCAUGAUUGACUCGUUAUUAGUUUUCUCCUCUCAUUAUUCGUAUCGAAGUCAAACACUCACUGCAUCAUUACUGAACACAAGUAAAUAGUUAAGACCAUUUUUCAAAACAAACUUUAGACCCUGAGAUACUGAAAUAUAUACUGUGGCACUUUUAAACGUGUUUCAUAUUGUGAAUUUGUGUAAAUAACCUUUCUAAUACUUUUAUUUUGUUAUGUGCGACUCACAGCCAGUGGAGAUGAAUUGUUUUUUUUCUUUCUCUGUCUUGUAAACUGAUCUCUGAGCUGAAUGAACAUGUUUCCUUUUCUAUGUGCACAAACUGGACUGAUUAGCUUUCUUUCUAUCUAGUACAUUCACCACUAGAGGGCCUCAGUACUCCAUUAGCUGCAACAUUGGCUCAAAAUCAUCAAAAAUGUAAUUAUGCUCUGUCCUAUAAAGUGUGGACAAACUUUUACUAUCUCUAAAGCAGCAGCGUAUUGUCAAAUAAAAAGAAUCCUGAACAAUAAAUAUUCAGUUAGUCUUGAUAAACCAAACAACCAUCACUGGUAUAUACAGAAAUCAAAUAUAUUUCCAGCAAAGCUUUCUGUUGUUUUUGUUUACCUUAAAAUAUCUUAUUGACAUGUGUUUUUCAGUUACUGCAAUGUAAUAUAAUGUACAAUAAUAAUAUUAAUAAUCUAAAAAUGUGUGUAAACUUUGAUACACAAAUUAAACAUGGGCAAAAUGUGAGUUGAAUGGGUUUAACUUGUAUGACAAAUGAAGGGACCGCAAGCUGAAACCAAUCAAAUUUCUGCUACCAGUCCUCCUAACAACUUCUGCAAAAUCUAUCAUGCGCUUAAACUUUCACACUGCUCUUUAUGGCUUACAGCUACUGUAGAUACGGGAACCAGACACCUCACUGACAAAGAUUUAUGGGUCUCAAGAGAACAUCUCACAAUUAUUACGUUAGUA